AUGUCCAUCGAUAUGGAUGUGGAGCUCAUGUUCGACGAGCUUGAUUAUGUGUUCGCGCCAUACCUCCGGUAUGUUCCUCUGCCUGCCCGGAACGAUAUGAAGACCAAUAAGUCCAUGCGCCAGGGAUUUUCCAAUCUGUUUCAACGCUUCGAUAUGGUUACGCGGACGGAAGGUGCUGCAGGAUUGCCGACUGAAGCCAACAUACGUCUCCACAUUCAAAUUGAGAGCGAGUGGCCUCCGCAUUGCAAGAAUUAUCUUGCACGUGGAGGUCCAAUCUAUGCGAUAGGUUCCUGGCUCUUCGAAGCUGCAAUGAACGAGGACGAAAUCGCUGGGGCCGGUGAUCUUAUGCUGCCAGACGAAGACUGCAAAGAAGAGAUGCGCAAUUCUAGGCUUGGGAUCGAGCAAGCGAGCCUGCCUGUGUGUCGCAAUGACCUCGAGUACGUAAGAGGGUCAGCCGUGAGUACUACCACAUGGAUUAAGCUGCAUUCGGGCGCAACGUUCUCUGUCGAGUGA